AAGAGCCAAAGCUGAAAGCCACUCGGGGGGGAGAAGGAGAAAGAGAGGAGACAAAAAGUGAGUGUGAUAAAAGGCGGUGUAGUUUAUUCACACCUCCGGGAGUGUUUGUGAAAUCUCAGCGUCAAAUCUGAGCUUUUUAACCCGGCGUGAAAGUCAGCAGCGGCGGGGCGGAGUUUCGGGAGUUUGGCCGGAGUGCGGUUGAGUUUUUGUGGUUGACAGCAACCGGUGUACGUGUGUGUAGAUGUGUGACAGCGGAGUGUGUGAGGACAAGCCCCCCGCCCCCCCUGUCAGGAUGAGCAGCCAAGGAGGAGCCAAAGACCCUCAGUCAGCCAAUCACAGCUCUAAGCCGUUGCCGUCUGUACCGGAGGAGAGGAAGAGAAACAAGAUCAUCUCCAUGUUUGCCUCUGAGAAAGCAGGCAGGAAAAAGGACCGGGACAAGGACAGGCCUGAGAUCUCCUCCCCCUCGGACUUUGAACACACCAUCCAUGUGGGCUUUGACGCUGUCACUGGAGAGUUCACUGGCAUGCCAGAGCAGUGGGCCCGUCUCCUUCAAACCUCUAACAUCAGUAAAUCAGAGCAGAAACAAAAUCCACAGGCCGUCCUCGACAUUCUCAAGUUCUACGACUCCACCAGUGGAAAACAGAAAUACCUCAGUUUUUCCGCCUCGGAUAAAGACUCUCAGUCGCCAGGCAAGCAGGGUACCGCAACCUCCCAGUCAGUUGGCAAGGAUGGAGACGAUGAUGACGACGACGAUACACCGCCUCCCAUUGUGGCACCGCGGCCAGAACACACAAAAUCAGUGUACACGAGGUCGGUGAUAGACCCAAUCCCAGCUCCAGAGGUAGACGCAGCCUCCAAGGCAGCUGACAAACAGAAGAAGAAGGGAGGCAAGAUGACCGAUGAGGAAAUCAUGGAGAAACUCAGAACUAUUGUCAGUAUCGGAGAUCCUAAGAAGAAAUACACUCGCUAUGAAAAGAUUGGCCAGGGGGCAUCUGGAACAGUUUACACAGCCAUUGAUGUUGCAACAGGACAAGAGGUGGCCAUCAAACAGAUCAACUUGCAGAAGCAGCCGAAGAAAGAGCUAAUCAUCAAUGAGAUCCUGGUCAUGAAGGAGCUGAAGAACCCUAACAUUGUCAAUUUUGUAGACAGUUUCCUUGUAGGCGAUGAGCUUUUUGUGGUGAUGGAGUACCUGGCUGGUGGUUCUCUAACUGAUGUUGUGACAGAGACGUGCAUGGACGAGGCUCAGAUCGCCGCUGUGUGCAGAGAGGUUCUCCAGGCUCUGGAGUUUCUUCAUGCCAAUCAGGUCAUCCAUAGAGACAUCAAGAGUGAUAACGUACUGCUGGGAAUGGACGGAUCAGUCAAACUCACCGAUUUUGGCUUCUGUGCCCAGAUCACACCAGAGCAGAGCAAGCGCAGCACCAUGGUGGGGACUCCAUACUGGAUGGCUCCAGAGGUGGUGACCAGGAAAGCCUACGGACCCAAAGUUGACAUUUGGUCCCUGGGCAUUAUGGCCAUAGAGAUGGUGGAGGGAGAGCCUCCAUAUCUGAACGAGAACCCUCUCAGGGCUUUGUAUUUAAUCGCCACCAAUGGGACUCCUGAGCUGCAGAGUCCAGAGAAGCUGUCUCCUGUCUUCAGAUCCUUCCUGUCCCGCUGUCUGGAGAUGGACGUGGAGAAACGAGGAUCAGGCCGAGAACUGCUACAGCAUCCUUUCUUGAAGCUGGCCAAGCCUCUGUCCAGUCUUACCCCCCUCAUCCUGGCAGCCAAGGAGGCCAUGAGGAGCAACCGCUAAAUCCCUCUAGUCUCUAAGGACUAUGAGAGCUUACGCCAGUGACAGUCAAACCAACCAGCAUUUUCUACUGGUCUACGUGUGACAGUCAUCAGCGACCUGCUAGUGUUUUUGUUUUUUAAAAGAGUCAUAAAGUGCCUCUCGACUCUUCCCGGUGUUUCUGUACUGAUGCCAGAUUAAUCGUAUCUUUUGUGCCUUGUUCUGAAGCCGCAUGCAGCCAUAAUGUGUUCUCUCUGUCUCUUACGGCCAUUGCAUGUGUGUGUUGUUGAUGCUGACACUGGUUACUAUGCAUUUCAGGAACACAGGAUCACUGUUGCAAAGGUUCAAGACUCUUAACACACUAAGGAACAUUUUUUUGUCUUUAUCUUAAGACCUGGUCACAAAGCUGUUGAGAGCAACUUUUCCUGAGAAAUUGAGGAACAUAGACAUAUUCAAAUCCAUAUUACAUAGUCGUUCAAAGCAAAUGGGCACCAAACUAAAUGUAACGGUUGUGGGGCUCUUUGGUCUUAAAAUCAAGUCAAUAAAAUCUGUUAAAAUCACAGGAUGAAGCCAUUCUUUAGUUUUAAAAUCAACACAAAAAUACUUGAACAUUGACUGUUGCUUUUUU